AUGGCACGCGCCAUCUCUCUCCUCCUCCCUCCUCAGGGACUGCUACCCUGCAGUGUCGCCCCCUCCUUGAGAGCUGGGGGCUGGCGGGCUCAGGGGCAGCCAGAGGAGGCCGGAGAGACCUGCCCUUCCCUGCCAGGACGGGGUGGGGGGCUUCUCUCCUCCGGGCCACUUGCCCCCCAAAAUGGGCUCCCUGGGGACACACAAGGCACAAAUGUGCCAAACAAGCUGAGAAGGAAGGCAAAACCGCGGAGGCUCAGCGGUAAAGAAUCUGCCUGCCAUGCAGGAGAUCAGGUUCGAUCCCUGGGUCAGGAAGAUCCCCUGGAGGAGGGCGUGUCAACCCACUCCGGCAUUCUUGCCUGGAGAAUCCCAUGGACAGAGGAGACUGGUGGGCUAUAG